UAUUAUAAGGGUAGAGGUUUGGUCACUCUUCCAAUACUGCCAAAUAUUUGUCCGAACUUCUUUUUUGUUAAUUAUUAAAUAAAUUCAAAUGGCAAGCGACGAUGAGGGAAUUGCCGAGCUUGACUCCCGUCUGGAGGAUGUGAGUCUGGAGGAUAUAGGCGCCCGGCACCGCCGCGAGCGCAAGGAACUGCAGGCAAAACUGCAGGCCAUGAAGAAGAAUGCCCCGAAAAACAAUAAAAACAAGAGGAAAGAGUUCCUGGAGGAGAUGGCCCGCUUAGAAGGAGAACUGGAGCAGCGCCACAAGGCGGAGGUGCAGGCGGCCGAAGCCAAGGAUUUGACUGAGGAAACGGAAGAGAAGGCACCUGCGGAAAAGCAAGAAGUUCCAGUGUCAAAUAAGGAGGAGAUCGAUGAAAAGGAAGAGGAGGACGAGCACCUGCCCUCCAAUCAGCGGGUGUCCAAGGCCCAGAAGCGGCGGGAUAAGAAGGCCAAGGAAGCCCGGGAACGAGAAGCUGAGAUCAAAACUGAGCUCAAAAAUGCUGCCAAUCAGCCAACACCCAAACUAAUUGAACUCCAGCAGAUCACUGCGAAGCUAUCCCAACGUCAACUAUCCCUCCACAAUAUAGCCUCCGAUGGCGAUUGCUUGUAUCAGUCCAUCCGGCACCAACUCCAAGUAAAUUCGCUUCCAGGUCAUAGUGUUCAGGAACUGCGUGAAGAGACAGCCAACUAUGUGCGUGCCCACAAGGACUCGCUCAUCUGCUACAUGGUUCAUCCCGAAACGGGAGACCUCCUUAACGACCAGCAGUUUGAAAAGUACUGCCAUGAUAUAGCCAAAACGCACGCCUGGGGCGGCCACAUCGAACUAAAAGCGAUAUCUUCGCUUCUUCGGGUUCCCAUUGAAGUUAUCCAAGCUGAGGGAGCACCCACGCUCCUUGGUCAAGAGGAAUUCGGUGGGUCGCCGCUGGUCAUCUGCUACCACCGCCACAUUUACCAACUUGGAGCCCACUACAACUCCACAGUGCCAGUAGCCUGAAGAGGGAACCCAAUGACACCCCAAACUCACUCGAUUUUGUAACAGUUUUUGUUAUUACACAUUAUGUUGACUUUAUAAAUACGUAUGCAUUUGGAAGAUUUGAAUUAUUGUCAAAAAUUGCAAGUAUGUAGUAGUUAUAUACAGUAAUAGUCAAUAUAAUAACAAUUCUAGGUUAGCUAGCAACUUAGUUAGCUGGAUUUGUUCUAAGAAAAUAUUUCUUAUAUAGAAAAAUAAUUCGUCUAGCUCAAA